UGAUAUCAAUACAAUAGAUGAAGCAAAAGAAUAUUCCAAUUAUUAUGGAGUCCUUAAACCAGAAGAAAAGUCUAUCUUUGAUAGCAAUCUUUUAAAACCAAAUGGCACUUUGGAUAAAACACUCCUUCAAGAUAUUGCUCAUUCAGAAAGUCAUAAUUUAUUGGCUUCCAUCUUAAAAGAGCAAAAGGCUGAAUCUAUUUCUUAUCAAGUUGUUAAUAAUCUAAAUAAUAAUAAAUCAGUUGAUAAGAUUGUUAGUCAGUUUGAAGAUAUUUUGUUUAGUGAAUUUGAUCCUGAAUUUGAUCAGAAAAUUGAAGAUCUUAGGAGAACUUUUGAAAAAAGAAGAAGAAAUAACUAA